CUUGCUUGUUCGUGUACAGCGGCGCUGCUACCUACCUGCUACCUGCUUCUUCGGGAGAUGGUGAGGCUUUCUCAUGGAGGCAGUGUGUGAGCAGGUCCAUGGAGGUGGUGAGGAGGAAGAGGAGGAAGAGGAGGGAGAGGAGGCAAUGCUGUGGUCCAUCCAGGAGGCUGUGGAGAGGCAGACCCAGCAGAUAGGAGCGUCGACCUGCGGGGCCACAGCCGUGGUGGACGUGCUGAAGGCCCUCGGCGUGGACGUGGCCCCGGAGGACGCGGACCGCUGCGUCCAGACCCGCCUGAGGAGGCCCGAGUCCCCGCUGCCCGACUACCUGCUGUCCCGGAGCCAAGCCGGUGCGACUCACGCGCAGCUCAUCCGAGGCGCGCAGGAGGCCAGCGAAGGGAAGGUGGCGGGAUGCUUCUUCCACCUUCACCCUCGGCGGCGGGUCGGGCUGGUCCCCUGGCUCGCACGCUGGAUCCGAAAGGGCGCCGUGCCGGUGGCGACCAUGAACAUGCAGCUGGCCGUGCCCGAGGGGGAGGAGGUGCCGGACGCCUGGCACCAUCAGCUCGUAUUCGGCGUCGCACCCGGCGCCGUUUUCAUGACCAACCCUUUAGAUGUAGGAGGCGAGGAAGAGGUGCACCAGAGACUCUGCAGUGAAUCGGUGUUGCUGAUUCGUCGAGAGGAUGUCCUGCAGAGACUGACGCCGGAUUGCUGUCUGUCCAGUUUGUCUGACCCGCUGUGGAAAGCCCUGGAUAUCGAGGGUCAAGUGAGGCAGAUGGCCCUCGAGGAGGAGCAGGGGCCCGAUCGACCCAAGUCGGCACACGUCACGAUCCCGGCCGCGUACAGCUCGGGCGUCACGCUGUUCGCCCUGCGAGAGUCCGGACUGGGACGGGAACUCCUCAAGGCCCCCGAGCUCCCGCUGCUGUGACGGGGCUGCCACCCGGGGGACAUGGAAGGGUUAUUUUAUUGUGACGUGGGAAUGAAAGCGGGAUGAAAUACCUCUGUGUGGAGGCCAGUGGGAUCAGUGCCCACAUCUUCAUCUUCAUCAAGCAUCUUCUCCUUCUAGUCUGUGUACUCUGAAAUGUGAAAUGUGUGUGUGCGGCUGCAUUUUUAAAUAAAGAUUGAGCUCCAUAA